AAGGUGUAACCCGGAUAUGCAUGCUUGCGCACAAUCAGUCUGGCCAACUCGGCAGACGCAUGACUUGGGUUGCCUGGUCGCAAUGAGGCUGCAAGCCAAGAUCAAGCUGUCAUGUCACCACUUGUGCUUUUUUUUUCCUCCGUUCGAGAAGAUCCCCUUCAUUCUCUGUUUGGCAAGGCUCGCGCUAAUUGUGCCCAACCAACAACGAAACUAUUUAGAGCUAGGAACAUAAUAAACGGCUAGCCCAACGUCUCGCUCGUCAAAAAUGACGCUAAAACAUGACAGACUGUGAUGUCGUCGGUGGUUUUCUAUCCUGAUAACAGUUUUAAAUGGACAGUCGACUUAAGGAAAGGAACGUCAGCGGGGACCGUGGGGUUUUCGUUCAGGUGAACAGCAUGCUCCACCCCAUCCGCAUGCAUUACAUCGGACGCAUCGCGAUCAGCAGGCGGAGGCAGGGAAGUUGGAUGAGGAUGCUGUGAUAGUGCUGUUCCCGUGAUCAGUUAUUUGCCAUUUUGAACAUAUGUAAAAUAAAAACCCUAUCAGUUCCCAAUACACAAGAUUUAACCUUUUAAAUGAAAGACCUUCCGUCAACUCAAACUUGAAAUUGCGGGGUUCUUUCCAUCUUCUCGUCGAACCGCCGCCAGAUCACGCGGAGGCCCAAAACGAGCAGUCUCCCUCGUGCUGGUAAAUCUUGCUUGUAUUCGAUAAAUCGAUCGCUUAAUGGUUUUACCAAGAACUCAUAUUCGUUUUGAGCGCCCUAAACAAACCACUCGUGCUCCUUGUAUGAGUCGAGUUGUCCCAUGCUGUCAGUCAAUUAUCUCUGUAUCAAGUUGAAGCGAAGCACUUGUUUAUGUGCCACGAACCGUCGUCAUUCUGCAAAUUGCACACCCGAAGUGGGGUCUAGGCCGCAAAGUCCCGUUAUAGGCUCCGACGGCGCACCGUGCACGACUCCAACAACUUACUCGCAGUCGGCCUGAGCGGCAUGGAUGCGUUACUGAUCCUAGUAGAAGCUUCCCGCACGACGCCAGCCGAGUCGUCGAGUUGCCAGCGGCGACAGGGCUCGUGACAUCCAAUGCAAACUGCUUCUGCUGCCUUGCCCUGCAUCAUACCUUGCCUUGCUUACCUAGGUCAAGUAGCUUGGCUUGACAGUUCGGAUACUCUUUGCCGUUCAUCCCCGGCAACUUCAGUCUUUGUUUCCUUGAUGACAUCUCUUUUUAUGUUUGCUUCUUUUUCUCUUUUUUUGUCGUCUUGCAAAGUCUCGUGAGCACGGGCUUAAAAACUUGCAAACGCCAGAAAAUUUCCGAUCGGGGGCUUGGGAUUGGAUUUCUUGUUCUUUUGUUUACUAACGGCCGCUUUUCUGCAGUCCGCGAAUAGCUGAUACCACUGCGACGCUACGCUACCUUGACUAGGGUCCACCGCGCGCCUUUCCAGCUGCCCAUUCAUUCUCCAUCUCGCUUCGAGCAGUUUCUGCGACAUCUCUCCCUAUCUUGUCUCAAAAAGAUCACGACAUCUUAGUGCAUAGAUCAACCCAGAAUCUAAAAUCCACUUCCCAAAAGUCAUUCGUCCCUCAACACCGGCGCGGCUUGCAGCCGACAAGCCGCAUACCUCAUGGCGUCGUCAAGAUCGAGAUCUCGCCGCAACAGCGACUUGUCUGAUGCACCCUCGCCAACCGACACGCGAGCACCAUCAAGGCGCGAAAAUGCGCCUAGCAUCAACAUAUCAACCCAAGACUACGGUCUUUCCGAGAGCUUCCAGUCCACCGAUACGGUCCGGAGAAGACCGGAAGCUGGCUAUGGCAGCAUGAUCUCACCAACGCCUGGAAACCUGCAACCUCAAACAGAAAGCUCCACGUCCGACCGUCCUCAGGGGGGAAGUCGAUCAAGCCAGUCUGUCAUGAGGUCUCCAAUGAUAGGUGGUGACCGAGCGAGAAUGAACCCCAAGAAGCCGCCCAUUUCUCGUCGUGCAAGCUCUAAUACGCAAGCCCCCCAUCGAGGUGGAGUAUUUUCUGUCGACGACGCCACAGACGAGGUUGAGGCCGACCACGCCCAACGCCAAGGCAGCUACGCCCACUCAACCACGCGAAGGCGCACCGCAGCACCUCCGACUCUGUCUAGGGUGCACUCAAGAACUAGCAAUGUUGACGAGGAGGAUGAAGACUCUGAACACCCGCAAACCCACUCAACCAGGCCUAGUAGCAGGGGGAACAUGGACCGUCCCGAUGAUGACGACGAGGAGCACCUCCUAGACCUAAGCGAAGGCGGGGACGAUGUCGAAGACGACCACGUUACUGAAGAGGAUGAUGAUGGUGACCUGAGCGAUGCAGAAAGCUUCACCCUCAAGGAUAGGCAGCAAGCCAUCAACGAAACACAUCCCUUCGGUAUAAGGCUAUGGAAACCUGCGCUGUAUAAGAAAGACCGUUCAGUCCAGAAGACGGCGGAGGGAGAUAUCCACUCAACGCCUGGUGGCCGUGUGAGCAGUUGGCUUUUGCUGUUCAACUUGAUUUGGACCCUGUGUUUUGGAUGGUGGAUGGCAGCUAUUGCAUUCAUUGGAGCCGUUGUUUGCUUCCUAUUUGCGGCCGCGCCCAGCGGCCGGGAGUACGGACGCAUACUCUGGGGCCUAGCAGGCUAUCUAUUCUACCCGUUUGGCAAGUUCAUCAGUCUUGAGCAGCAGGAGGCAUAUCUGGAUGAGGAUCAGGGCGAAGGUCGCAGCAUCAGCGAGUAUGAGCAAUGGCAGAGUGGAGACCUCGAGUACGGCCGUCUCUUCUUUGGGCCUGACCGCAACCGGUCCAUCGUUGGUCGCUCGCGCAGGAGCAUCGACUCGGCUCCGAGUGAGACAGAUAGCCUCCUUGGACGGUCAGCUCGGAGUGCCAAUCGCUCAGACUCGGAUCUCCCAUCCUCCAAGAGGCGCCUGUUCGGGCGCGGCAAGUGGACCAUUGGCCGCGUCAUUUUCUUCUUGUUCUUCUACCUCCUUCUGAUGCCAUCAUUGUUCAUCGUGUCUGGAAUCUGCUGGCUUCUGGUUUUCUGGAUCCCCAUGGGAAAGGUAACCAUGCUCUUGAUAGACCACUUGAGGCGACAUCCGCUGGCAUUGAACUUUGGGUCGGAUAUCUCGCUGGCUCGUGACCCUGACGCGCCACAUUCGUCAACCAUAAUAGUGUGCACCUACAGAGCUGUGGGCUCCAAAUACUGGAAGUAUACGGUGGACGGCACAAACAUCUUCCUCAUCAACCUCAUGGCAGUUGUGCUGUUUGUUGUCCUCGACUGGCUGGUAUUGGCGGGGGUGUUCCACGUGGAAAACUUCUUGACUUCGCAAGCCUUCCUGUUCGUGGCGGGACUCUUCUCCAUCAUCCCCUUGGCGUACUUCAUUGGUCAGGCAGUCGCGUCCAUCUCGGCACAGUCAUCCAUGGGCCUUGGCGCUGCGAUCAACGCCUUCUUCUCGACAAUCGUCGAGGUCUUCCUGUAUUGCGUUGCGCUCAAGCAAGGCAAAGGCCAGCUUGUAGAAGGCAGCAUUGUGGGCAGCAUAUUCGCCGGUGUGCUGUUCUUGCCCGGGCUUUCAAUGUGCUUCGGUGCCAUCAAACGAAAGACCCAGAGGUUCAAUGCGCGCUCGGCCGGUGUGACUUCGACAAUGCUUCUUUUCGCUGUCAUCGGAGCCUUUGGGCCUACCUUGUUCUACCAGAUAUACGGCACCCACGAGCUCAACUGCCUCGACUGUGUCAGCUUUGUUGAAGGCGCUCCUCAUGAUCCUCGCGCACGGGAUUGCAGGCGCUGCUUCUUCUCUCAAACCCCGGCUCUGGACGAUCGCUUCUACCUCGAGGCCGUGCGCCCUUACUGUUACCUGGCAGCAUGCAUGCUUUUCUUCUCAUAUGUCAUCGGCCUAUGGUUCACACUGCGUACACAUGCGGCGGUGAUUUGGAACACUGAGAUUGACGAGAAGAAACACGAGGAUCAUCCCACCUAUCAUCAGCCUGCUCGCUCUGUGGUGCAUCCCGCCGCAGAGACCACUGGUACCGAUAUUCGUGAUACGAAUGCCUACAAGCGCAUUUUGGGUCACUCCCUUAGGCAGGCUGGGUUGCACCCUCAGGACAGCAUUGGCGGGUCGUCCAGCGGCACGGCUACCGGAACGACUGGCCGCGGCAACGGCUCUGCGACGACUCCACAUCUAGUACCGCCCAAGGGAAGCAUGUCUUCGGACCACGGAGUUCAUAUUCCCGGGCUUUCCGAGGCGGAGAACCAGUGCUUGGUUCAACAGGUAGCAGAGAUUGCGGCUACGGCGGCUACAGUUGCUGUCCUUCCCAGGGGAACGUCUACACGCAACGUGCACACUUCUUUGCACAGGGCCUCGCAGACGCCGACUCCAGCUUUGCGAAGUGCUGCUACAUUCCCCACUGAAGAUGAGGCUACCGCUCAUGCUCAUGCAGGCCAUAACGCUGCAGCCGGUGGAGGAGGACAUGGGCACGAUGCGCCCAACUGGAGCAGGCUCAAGUCGUCCGUCAUUCUCAUGGGUGCUACCGUUCUCUACGCCAUCAUUGCCGAAAUUCUGGUCGACUCGGUCGACGUUGUACUCGAGGGCUACUCUAUUGACGAGAAGUUCCUUGGAAUUACCCUCUUUGCGCUUGUUCCAAACACGACCGAAUUCCUGAAUGCCAUCUCGUUUGCUAUGAAUGGUAACAUUGCACUGUCCAUGGAAAUCGGGUCGGCAUAUGCGUUGCAGGUUUGUCUACUGCAAGUACCCGCUCUGGUUCUCUAUUCGGCAUUCUACUCGCCAACAACACCCCCGGUUGAAGGACCAGAGGGUGAUCUUGCUCACUAUACAUUCUCUCUUCUGUUCCCCCAAUGGGACAUGGUAACUGUCAUUCUUUGCGUCUUCCUGCUCAGCUAUAUGUACGGCGAGGGGAAGAGCAACUACUUCAAGGGCAGCAUCCUGCUUCUCAGCUACCUGGUCGUCAUUAUCGGGUUCUACUUUAGCGGCUACACUGCGGGCGCAAACGACCUUGGCAUCACCAGGUUUGACAGAAUGGGUGGUGAUGGUGCAUACGUUAGCCACACCGACACGUUCAAAACCAUUGGAAGAAAGAGCAGCGGGUUUGCUUAUUAACGGCCACCAAUGAACGUCAUCACGCUUGAGCGUGAAGUACAUAUCACGCGAUUGUUGCCUUGCGGCUCCCGCUUGGGCGGCAUGUGCACGUUUCCCAGUGGGGGCCAAGCCGGGGUGGGCACAAUACCGUUCCGGCACUGAUGCUUGUCGGAUACGAGCACCAGUUGGAAGUUCGUUGCCUGCCUGAACGGCACAUCUGGCAUAGCCACCAUUUGUCUGGAGGUUCUUGACGGUAUCUGUCGACUAUUGAUUUUGAUAUUGGCAUAGUAGCCAGUUUGAUUAGCGUCUACCCUUUUUUUUUUGUGAUGAAAAGGUUCCAGACGCAGGAGUGGGCUUACGAGGUUCCAUCUUAGCGAACGAUUGUCAAGUUGGAUGUUCAUUAUCGUCUUGGCGGUUUCUUGCAGAUUUUGCUCAUACCCAGAGGUUAAUGUCGUUUUUACUUGUGUUUUUAGUUGACUUUUGCGGCAUGUCUCCUUGACCAGGAUUUUUUGUUUGUUGUUUUUAUUUUAUUUUAUUGCUGGAACAAAUAAUGCACACUAUUCAGAGUUUGAGUUUGAUUUGUUUUAUAUUUUAGUUGUAUGGACUACCUCUUUCGAGCCAUGUACAGGUUUUGACAAGCGAUAAUGGGGGCCAAAAUGCGGCUGAUCGGGGCUAUGCUCCGGCUCGAC